AAAGUCACCUGCUUCAUGCUACAUCACAUUGAGGAGCCGUGUUCUCUCGGGGCUCACGCAGCUGUCAUUGUGCCUCCCACCUGGAUCAUUAAGGUGAAGAAACCUCAGAACUCAUUAAAGACUUCAACACGGCGAAAGAAGAGGACGUCUUUUAAAAGAAAAGCCAGCAAAAGAGGCAAUGAUGAUAACAAAGGUCGACCAUUUGUGAUAAAGCCUAUUUCCUCUCCACUCAUGAAACCACUGUUGGUUUUUGUAAAUCCAAAAAGUGGAGGGAACCAGGGCACCAAGGUUCUCCAAAUGUUUAUGUGGUAUUUGAAUCCACGCCAGGUCUUUGAUCUCUCUCAGGAAGGGCCAAAAGAUGCGCUGGAGCUGUACAGAAAAGUGCCAAACCUGCGGAUCCUGGCCUGUGGUGGGGAUGGAACGGUUGGCUGGAUCCUCUCUAUCCUAGAUGAGCUGCAACUCACUCCCCAGCCUCCUGUGGCUGUCCUUCCACUUGGCACUGGGAAUGACCUUGCCCGCACCCUCAACUGGGGUGGGGGUUACACAGAUGAGCCUGUGUCCAAGAUCUUGUGUCAUGUAGAAGAUGGGACCAUUGUCCAGCUGGAUCGAUGGAAUCUCCAGGUUGAGCGCAACCCAGAUUUGCCACAGGAUGAGCUGGAAGAUGGGUCACGUAAGCUUCCGCUCAAUGUCUUCAAUAAUUACUUCAGCCUUGGGUUUGAUGCACAUGUUACACUGGAGUUCCAUGAAUCCAGAGAAGCAAAUCCAGAGAAAUUCAACAGCCGAUUUAGAAAUAAAAUGUUUUAUGCAGGGGCAGCCUUUUCAGACUUUUUGCAAAGAAGCUCAAGAGAUUUAUCCAAGCACGUUAAAGUUGUGUGUGAUGGUACAGACCUGACUCCAAAGAUCCAGGAGCUGAAGUUCCAGUGUAUAGUGUUUUUAAACAUUCCCAGGUAUUGUGCUGGCACAAUGCCCUGGGGAAACCCUGGAGAUCACAGAGACUUUGAACCUCAGCGCCAUGAUGAUGGCUACAUUGAAGUCAUUGGGUUUACCAUGGCCUCACUGGCUGCUCUCCAAGUGGGUGGUCAUGGAGAGAGGCUGCACCAGUGCCGUGAGGUGACGCUUUUAACAUACAAGUCUAUCCCCAUGCAAGUGGAUGGUGAACCUUGUCGGUUGGCUCCCUCACUCAUUCGGAUCUCCUUAAGGAACCAAGCCAACAUGGUGCAGAAGAGCAAGAGGAGAACGUCGAUGCCUUUGUUGAAUGAUAUCCAUAAAGUGCAGUCUGCUGACCUGAGGAGAGUCUCAGCUCCCCCCGAUUCCUUCACUGUUCCUCAUUCCAUCCCUGAUCGCCUGCGGAUCAGAGUGAACCGGAUUAAUUUGCAAGAAUAUGAAGGGCUACAUUAUGACAAGGAAAAACUCCGUGAAGCUUCCAUUCCUUUAGGAAUUAUAGUUGUUCGAGGAGAUUGUGACUUGGAGACCUGUCGUAUGUAUAUUGACCGUCUACAAGAGGACCUACAGUCAGCAACUUCUACUACACAGAGAGUUCAUUACCAGGACCAAGAAAGCUCUUUCCCAAGAGUACUUUCUGUUCAGAGGCUCUCUCCUAGAUGGUGCUUCCUAGAUGCAACUUCUGCUGAUCGUUUUUACCGCAUUGAUAGAUCUCAGGAACAUUUGCACUUUGUGACGGAAAUUUCGCAGGACGAGAUUUUUAUUCUGGAUCCAGAGCUGGUAAUGUCACAGCAGGGGGGGACGCCACCUGGAAUGCCUGAUCUGGUAGUGGAGCAGGCCUCUGGAAUAUCAGAUCGGUGGAACCCUGCUGUUAGAAAGAGGAUGCUGAGCGACAGUGGCCUUGGCAAGAUUUCCCCGCACUACGAGGUACCUGACAAACAAAAGGACGCCAGCCAGGCCUAUAUGCUGCAGUCACCAGUUUCUUCAGAAGAUCAAGCACUUUUACAGGCAGUCAUAGCUGGUGAUCUGCUGAAGUUCAUAGAAUGCUGUAAAAAAGGAGCCAAUUUGCUAAUCCAAGGACCUGACCAUGGCUCCUUGUUGCAUCACGCUGCCAAGAGUGGGCAUGGCGAGAUUGUGAAGUAUAUCCUGGAACACGGUCCUUCUGAAUUACUGGACAUGACAGACAGUGAAACGGGUGAGACAGCAUUACAUAAAGCGGCCUGCCAGCGCCAUCGUGCCAUCUGCCAGCUCCUGGUGGAUGCGGGAGCCUCGCUGAGAAAGACGGACUCCAAGGGUAAGACUCCUCGUGACAGGGCUCAGCAAGCUGGUGAUCCAGAUCUGGCCUCCUAUCUGGAAAGUCGACAGAAUUACCAAAUGGUUCCCCAUGAGGAUUUGGAAACGGCUGUCUGAUAUCUGAAAACAGAGAAGAGGAUCUUCAGAAAUAGCAAGGCUGCACCUGAGCACUUGGGCAUUGUGUGAGGAAGAAGCUGAUGGAAUCAACAUGUCUCUCGCUCUCUUGGAAAAUAUCAGAGGACAUGCCACCAGUUUCUAAGGGCUACAGAGUCUUGCCACGGAACAGUUAGGUUCCAUAAGUUAGCCCAUGAUGGAUGAGGUGGGACAUUCAAAGGUCUGUGGAAUCCAUGGGCCAUGGAAAUUUACCUUAAUUGCUUCCAGCAAGUAGCAUGAACU